AUGGGUCUCUUCAGCCACCAUCACGACCACCACCAGGGCCCUCCCCACGGCGGUCCCCAGCAAGGCCCCGGCGGUCCUGGCGGUCCCGGUUUCGGUGGCCCUCAACAUAACGGUGGCCCCGGUGGCCCCGGUGGCCCUGGUGGUCCUGGAGGAUUCGGCGGUCCUGGCGGCCACCAGGGAGGACCUGGAUUUGGCGGACCUCAGGGUGGACCUGGCGGUCCCGGGGGUCACCACGGAGGCCCAGGAGGCCCAGGUGGAUUUGGCGGACCUCAUGGCGGACCUGGAGACCAUGGUGGACCUGGAGGUCCCGGUGGCCCUGGCGGUCACCAGGGAGGUCAUGGUGGUUGGUAA